AACUCCCUCUUCUUACCCCAGCCAAAUUAACACUUCAAAAACAAAACUCUCUCCUUACAUAGAGAGAAAGAGAGAGAAAGAGAGAUAGCCAUGGCCAUGAUAUUAACAACUCUAUUAGUCAUAUUCUUUUCUGUAUUCUUUAAGGUUGCAUAUGACACCAUCUCAUGUUAUUUCCUAACACCAAGACGCAUCAAGAAAAUUAUGGAGAAGCAAGGAGUGCGUGGCCCUGAACCUCGCCCUCUUACCGGAAACAUCUUAGACGUGACCUCUUUUGUCUCCCAAUCGACUUCUAUGGACUGUGAUUCUAUUCAUCACGACAUAGUUGAUCGCCUCUUGCCACAUUAUGUUGCCUGGUCUAAACAAUAUGGGAAAAGAUUCAUAUACUGGAAUGGGAUAGAACCGCGCAUGUGCUUAACAGAGACAGAGUUGAUUAAAGAACUUUUAACAAAGUAUAGUAUUAAAGCUGGAAAAUCAUGGCUGCAACAACAAGGUUCAAAACAUUUCAUUGGUCUUGGCUUGUUAAUGGCAAACGGUGAUAACUGGUACCAUCAACGACAUAUCGCUGCGCCGGCAUUCAUGGGAGACAGACUAAAGAGCUACGCUGUGCAUAUGGUGGAGUGCACUAAGAACAUGCUUCAAUCACUAGAAAAUGCAGUGAAAUCAGGAGAAACAGAAUUCGAGAUCGGUGAAUAUAUGACAAGACUUACUGCUGAUAUAAUUUCAAGAACUGAAUUUGAUUGUAGUUAUGAAAAAGGCAAGCAAAUAUUCCAUCUUUUGACUGUUCUUCAACGUCUCUGUGCUCAAGCAAGCAGGCACUUGUGCUUUCCAGGAAGCAGGUUUUUUCCAAGUAAAUAUAACAGAGAAAUAAAAUCUUUGAAAAUGGAGGUGGAUAGAUUACUAAUGGAGAUUAUACAAAGCAGAAAAGACUGUGUAGAGAUUGGAAGGAGUAGUUCUUAUGGGAAUGAUUUACUGGGUAUGCUUUUAAAUGAAAUGGAAAAGAAGAGAGGAUCAAAUGGGUUUAGUUUGAAUUUACAGUUAAUAAUGGACGAAUGCAAGACCUUCUUCUUUGCUGGACAUGAAACUACUGCUCUUCUCCUUACUUGGACUGUUAUGCUUCUUGCUAGCAAUCCUUCUUGGCAAGAAAAAGUUAGAGAUGAGGUUCAUCAAGUUUGUAAUGGCCAAACUCCAUCCACUGAUCAUCUUCCUAAGCUCACUUUGCUAAACAUGGUGAUAAAUGAGUCACUAAGGCUCUAUCCACCAGCAACAGUUUUACCAAGAAUGGCAUUUGAAGAUAUAAAGUUGGGAGAUCUUCUGAUACCAAAAGGGCUAUCAAUAUGGAUUCCUGUGCUUGCAAUUCACCACAGUGAAGAGCUAUGGGGGAAAGACGCAAAUGAAUUCAAUCCUGACAGGUUUGCUUCGAAGACAUUUGCCCCAGGAAGACAUUUCAUCCCUUUUGCUGCUGGUCCCAGAAAUUGCAUUGGCCAAACUUUUGCUAUGAUGGAAGCUAAAAUUAUAUUAGCUAUGUUGAUUUCAAGGUUUAGCUUCACUAUUUCAGACACUUAUCGCCAUGCUCCUGUUGUUGUUCUUACUAUAAAACCCAAGUAUGGUGUUCAAGUGUGCUUGAAGCCCUUAAAUCCAUGAAAAGAUAUAUAUUUUUGUUUAAAUUUUAGUUGUACGAGAGGGAUAUAUAUGAGGUUGAUUAAUUAAUUAAUUAAUCAAUGUUUUUUUGAUAAAUUAUGAUUAUCUCUUUUUGUUAUGAGUAAAAUACAACUUGGGUUCUUGAA